AUGCAGCUCGCCAAGCUUUUCGGCCCCAUCCUUGUCGCCCUCGUCGGCGAGGCUCUGGGCGCGCCCGCGGAUGUCGAGGCCUCUUCCGUCUCUUCUCAGGCGUCCCCUACCACCUUGAUCAAGACUACGAGCACUGAUAUCGGUCCGCGCCCGAACCUGGUGUGCAAGCCUACCGGACCUGGCUACUGCACUCUGGAGAUCUACUCGGCGCGCCCGCCCGUCGGCCGCGUCGUCGUCCUCUACGACUACAACUGCGACACCAUGGGCAUCUGGCCUGCCGGCAGUGGCGUCCUCCCUGCCAACGGCGAGUGGUCUCUCCACUCCCGGCUCCCGUACUCGGUCGAGCUGAAGCUUCACGGCGAUGACCUCGAGCCCCAGGGCGAAAUCUGGUACAAGGGCCGCAAGACGGACAUCAACGCGGGCUGGCGCUACAACUGCAACGACUUCAGCAACGACACCGAGUGCCUCCGCCUCGCUUUCAACUGCUCUUGA